AUGGACACCAUGGCCACGAACGACAUCGACCAGCAGAUCGAAACGAAUGGACCGCCCACCGCGGGCGAUCGCGAAUUUGCCUUCCACACCUUGCGCUCGAAGAUGGGCCACUUGGAGGAGGUCAUCGAAGACAUUGGCCAGUUCAUCUGCGAAAAUCAGCUCGAGGAUCACUUCAUCAACUUCGUCUUCCGCCUCUCCUCCGUCUCCAAGGACUUGAACACAGAGAUAUCCACCGUAGAGAGCUACCUCGAAUUUAUUAAGCGGCACAACGUCACGUGCUCACGCAACACGGGCUACUUUUCAGUCAUUCCAGACGAGGUGACGAUCCACGUCUUUUCGUAUCUCAACGAGAGCGAACUCAGCAGCGCCGCCAGCGUGUGUCGCGAAUGGCAUUCACUCACCUCGGACAACACCCUGUGGAAGAGCCUCUACGCGCGCUAUUGGGGAGCCGACGCCGCCGCACGCAUCAGCUCCAACCAAAUCUACCGGCCCAAGCCGCUGCCGCUUGACAUGGCUUCUGAACACAACAAGGCGCCCAUCAUCAAGAAGCCCGCUGCGACGACGGUGCGCAGGUUCUCGCUGUGGCCCUCCUCUUCUUCGUCAUCUUCGUCGUCUGCCACGUCAGCCGCGGGUGGGUCGACGUCGGGACAAGCGACGCCGUCGUACGGGGGCAAGAAGAUGGCGAAGAUGUACAAAAUGUACAGAGGCACGCCCGAGGAGGACGAGGAGCUCGAGCGCGAGCGACGGGACCACGGCAAGUGGAAGUCCUACUUCAUGAAGUACCACCGGACGAAGCGCAACUGGGACACCGGCAAGUACUCGCUGGCCACCCUCACCCACCACAAGAACACCGUGCGCUGCGUCCAGUUCGACGAAAACUACAACAUGAUCACCGCGAGUGACGACAAAACGGUACAGCGCUUAGAUUGGGACGCUGACAAAGGCGCAUACGUGCCCAAGAUGAAACUCACCGGCCACGAAGGCGGCAUCAUAUGCAUGCAAUUUGACGGCAACCAAAUGAUAACGGGCUCGAGGGACAAGACGCUGCGACUCUGGGAUCUGGAGAAGGGCAAAACGAUCAGCACCUUCAAAAACCACACCGGCCAAUUCGACAAGCACAAGAUCGUGUCGGGGAGUGACGACAAGCGGUUAAACGUGUGGGACAUCAACUCGGGCAAGCUCAUCACCGACCUCCAGGGCCACUCGUGGGGAUUCGACAGCACCAAGAUCAUAUCCGGUGCCGCCGACAAGACGAUCAAGGUGUGGGACUUGGCGAUGAUGCGAUGUGCGCAGACGCUCAAGGGCCACAAGUCCUCGGUUCGCUGCGUGCAAUUCGAUGACACGAGGAUCGUAUCGGGUUCCUGGGACAACACAAUCAAGCUUUGGGACGUGAACACGUACAGGAACACGGACACGCUGCAGGGCCACAGCAACAAGCUCAUGUGCCUUCAGUUCGACGAAACCAAGAUCAUAUCGGGCGCGCAGGACAAGACGAUCGUGGUCUGGGAUCUCCACACAGGCAAACAACUCACAACAUUACAAUCCCACACCGACUCGCUGUGCGACCUGCACUUUGAUGAUUGCAAGCUCGUCACUGGCAGUCGCGACAAGACGGUCAAGGUGUGGGACUUCUCGUAG